GGUUGACUGUGUCAAAUCUACUUCCUUGUGCAUCGACAAACCUUCACGCGAGCACCUGGACACAAACAUGUCGAGUAAAUUGUGAUUACCACGGCAUCAUGACAGAAAAUAUCGAGGAGUGUUUGAAAAAGUUUAUUGUCCAUGUUGAUAAUUUGGGGAAAGAAGACGAACCAGGUGGAGAUGGGUUCUGGAGAGAGUUUAAGGAGCUGAGGGAAAUCCAGAUCGCCAACAAGAGUGAGAAUAAAUAUCCAUCAGAUGAGGGCAAGAAGGAGUGUAACAUCAAGAAAAACAGAUACAAGGACAUCCUGCCCUUCGACUACCGCCGUGUUGUUCUGUCCAAACAAGAUGGAGUAGAUGGAUCUGACUACAUCAAUGCCAGCUUCAUACAGGAUGUAUAUGGGAAGAAUGGCUACAUCGCCUCCCAGGGCCCACUACCUCACACCGUCAACGACUUCUGGCGUAUGCUGUGGGAGUACAAGGUGGAGAUCGUCUUCAUGGUGUGUCGUGAAGAGGAAUCAGGGAGGCCAAAAUGUGAGCGCUACUGGCCUUUGGAAAGCGAGGCCAAGAUGUUUGGGCAACUAGAAGUCACUCUGGAGUCUGAGAAGGAACUGUUUCCUGACUUUGUGGAGCGUAUCCUGCGUGUGAGCCAUGGCAGUGAGAAGCAUGUCGUGAAACAGUUCCACUACACAGGAUGGCCGGACCACGGAGUGCCACACCACAGCCGUGAGGUCUACAAGAUGGUGUGCAAGAUGAGGGAAGCGAGGCGUUUGUUGGAGAUACCCAUAGUUAUACACUGCAGUGCUGGCUGUGGCCGGACAGGGACUAUAUGUGCAGUGGACUAUGCCUGGACCUUGUUGGAUCAAAAUAAAGUAUCCCAUGGUUUUAGCCUGUAUGAAGUUAUCAGCAACAUUCGCCAGCAGCGCCAGUCUAUGGUGCAGACUCCGGACCAGUAUGAGUUUGCUCACCUGGUUGUACAGAGCCUGUGUGAGGACUGGAUCAACCUCUACCAGGAGCAUGAUUACUACAAUGCAGACUUACUAGCACCAGUAAAAGAUGAGGAGAUUUACUAUAACACUACAGGAGAGCUGGCAAGCACACCUUCCCCGUCUUCCCCUCCCUCCACAUCGACCCACACAGAGGGAUCAAGAAAACCUCACCCCCUGCCUCGACCCACACUGGAUGUGAAAGGUGGCGGGGACCAAUAUGAAAAUGUUGUCAUUCGUGCCCCCUCAGUCAAGGGUCCUAAAAAGCCCUCGAGAGCUGUGUCUGACACCGGCCAUUCGUACGACAACCAUAAGCCAAGCAUGACAGGAGAUCCCAAACCAUCUGCCGUGUCCAAAGCGACAUCAUUGCCCGCACCGUUGAAGCAGAUGUCACCGAAGACCCUGGAGAAACUACCAAGAACACAGGCAGCCCCCACAUCAAGACCCAAUGUUUCUGUAACCAACACCCUGCCAAAAGCGGGACAUAGUACUACAGUAAAUGUCUCUGGCACCACAACUAAAAAAACAUUUGCACCACAACCACCAACAAACACCCAACUAGAUGCUCACAGGGUAGGUGUCCGGAACUUGGGUCAAGUUGGUGGGCAGACGCCGGUCGCAGCAAACCGGAAACUGUCCAGUGAGGUUACAAAUGGGCAGCCUGAUGUGUAUGGGGAGGUUGUAAAGAAUCCUGGCAAACUUGGGAGCAAUCCUGAUGUGUCUUACCCAGCUCUCCAACACGUACAGAAAAAGAGAGGAGGCGCUGUGAAGAAAGCGAUGCAUAGAGUGGAAUCCGUCCAGAGUUAUGAAAACUUUCCCCAGCCUGGAAGACACUGCGAAUUGUACGAGAACUUUCCCCCGUUAAUAUCGCAAGAAAAUCCCAACCCAGGUCCAGGCAAGCCAUCAGCUGAUGGUGCUCCAGAGUUGCCCUCUCGGGGCUACAGCGAGGAGGAGGCUACCACAGCUCUGUCUCCACCUCCAUCCUCCGGGUUCGGGACAGUUGGGGCAUUAGGCGGUGCCAUUCCAUCUGCCCAUUCAAGACUUGACAGUUCUGGGGCAUCAUCGUCAUCAAGGACCUUCGACUCUUCAUCUUCCAACAGUCCUGUGAUCCGAAGUGUAGCCAGCAGCAUGGACAGCGUGUACUCAGAGAUCUCAAGCGUGCAGCAGCCUCAGACAAGAAUGGAAGUUGUAUCAGCUAGUCGAGCGCCCAAUCAACAGCAAGUCCAAUCUCAGAAUUACACUUCAGUUGGUGCCACAUCUCGAAGUCCAUUUGGGGUGAUGAAGGAUAUGUUUAAUAUUCGAAAUCCACGAUCGGGAGUGCAAGUAGUACAAGCUGUACCAGGUGUGUACAGAUUCAGAGGCCAGGAUGUAGGUUUUCCAAAUCGUCCACAGAAACCAAAAGGCAAAAGGGAAGAGCCUAGAUACUGGAAGACCUACAUGUAGUCCAGUGUCAACACACUCUGUCACCACCAUAGCUGUGGAUCAAGUCCCUCUGGACUUCCCUGGACUGGCCUAGACUUCCCCAGCAGACUCCCCCUUUAACACAGAUUCUGUUGAUGGACUCCCUG